AUGCAGCAGGACAAAGGAAGGAUUUAUUAUGGUAGAUUUGUCCAAAGAGAAAAAUUAAGUCAAGGUAUCAGAAAAAUAUAUCAUUUAGGUUCUUUUGGAGUUGUAUAUAUUUGUCAUGAUAAAGUAACAAGGGAUUAUGUUGCUAUAAAAGUGGAGAAAGAAAAUAAAGAUUUAAUGAGUUUAGAACGAGAAAUUUAAAUUAUAGAAGAACUUCGAGGAAUAACAGGUACUUUAAUUAAAUUAAAAUAUAGGCGUUCCUAAGUUAUUAUGGUAUGGAAAUGAGUAUAAUUAAAAUUGUAUGGCUAUGCAAUUACUUGGAAGAGACUUGGCUCAUUUUUAAAAGAAAUUUAAGAAACUCUCUUUAAAAACAGUAUGUAACUUGGCUGAAUAAUUACUAACUAUUCUUGAAGAGGUUCAUAAUAGGUAAAACAUAAAAAAAUUAAAAGAGGUAUAAUACAUAGAGAUAUAAAACCAGAAAAUAUUUUAAUGGGAAGAGGUAAUGAUUCUUAAUAAGUCUAUAUGGUUGAUUUUGGGAUAUCUAAAAAGUUUCGUAAUAAUAAAUAACAUAUGUAUAUAUUGAUUAAUAUUUAGUGCAUUAUAAGAAAAAAAGCCUUUUAUAGGAACUACAAGAUAUGCAAGUAUAUCAGCUCAUAAAGGUUAUGAAUUAUCAAGAAAAGAUGAUUUAGAAAGUUUAGGAUAUGUUUUUAUUUAUUUAUUAAGAGGUAAAUGAAUAAUAAUAAUAAAACAGGAAAUCUACCAUGGUAAAACAUUACAUCAUCUUCAGACAAAGAGAAAACAAAGUUAGUGGGUAAAUUCAAAAUGGAAUUAGAUUUAAAGGAUUUAUGUAAAGGAUUGCCGAGUGAAUUUUAAAGUUAUUUAGAUUAUGUUUACAAAUUAAAAUUUGUAUCUACUCCAAACUAUAAAUACUUAUAAUCUUUAUUUAAAAGAAUAGCAGAAUAAAAUAAUAUAAGUUUUGAUAGGAAAUAUGAUUGGAUGGAUAAUUAGACUAGUUCAACUAAAUCUUCAAAUUAAGAUCAAUAAUCAUUAAAUGAUCUAGAUAUGUCAAAUUUAUAAAGUGAUUAUCUCAAAAUUCCAGAUUUGAAAAAGAGUGAAAGACGUAAAUCUAAUUAAAUAGAUUAAAAUUCGUAAUAAUCUUCAGUUGUUAUCAAUUAUGCUCCUUCAAUUGUAUCCAGAAAUAAAAAUAGAUAUUUUUAAUAAUCUCGAUAAAAUUCAAGAUAAUCUUUAUCUAGAGAAUCAUCAUUAGUAAAAUAACCUUUAAAUUAAAAAAUUCAAGGCCAUAUAUUUUAAAAUAGAGAAUUUAGAGAUUUUGAUGAUGAUGAAAACAAAGAAAAAAUUAGUCCAAUUAAUUUUUCUGAAUUUGAUGAUUUUGAAAAUUUUGAUGAUGAAAUGAAUGAUGAUUUACAUAUUCAUUAAGAAAUAAAGAAAGUUGGUGUUAUAUAAGUUCAUUUUAAAGAGCAUUUAUCGAAAUAAUGA